AUGCCGCCGCCGGACUCCGCCUCCACGCGCUCCUCCCUGAGCUCCCUCCCGCUCGCCGCCAACCUGAUGACGGACCCGACCCCCUCCCCAACCCCCGCCACGCCGCCUCCCAACCCCCUCGCCGCGGCCUCCUCCUUCCUCCGCCACCACCUCUCCCGCCUGGCCUCCCACCUCACCGCCCCGCGCCCGGCCCUCGCCGCGGCGGCGACCCGCGCGCCGGGGCCCCAGGGCGCGUCGCUCUCCCUUGCGCUCGCGCCCGACGAGGUCGCGCGCGCGCUAACCGGCACGCCCGUCUUCACGGUCUGCAACUCCAACAACGAGUUCGUGCUCGUUUCCGACCCCGGCACCGGCCUCCGCUCCCUCGGCCUGCUUUGCUUCCGUUCCGAGGAUGCCGACGCCCUCCUCACACAUGUUUAUAUGUUGAAGGCCGAAGGUAUCGCAUUUCGGUUCUUACCUGACCCACUUCAAAUAAAGAAUGCACUGGAGUUGAAAUCAGGCUUAACUGGUUUUGAUGGUGUUCCUGUUUUUCAGUCAGAUCUGCUGGUUGUGAAAAAGCAGAAGAAGCGCUACUGUCCAAUAUAUUUUCAAAAGGUUGGGAGUUUGGAGGAUGUCCUGAAGAAAAUGGAGAUAAAUGAGAGAAAUUCAGGGUGGGAUGAUUUGAUCUUCAUUCCCCCAGGGAAGAGCCUCAACCAACAUAUCAAUGAGGAAGACUGA